CAACUUGUUGCUGUAUAUAUAUAUAUAUAUGCAUAAUGACAUUACGUCAAUAUGGCAAACAAUCUGUCAAACGGGCAAUUACAACAACAAGAGGUCCAAAUUGACAGUUGGUCAAUAAAAUCGCAGUGGAAGAGCUUGCUGGUUACCUAAGGACUUUGUUUUAGAAGCCUGCGUUGAGGUGCUCGUUGGCCAGCUUGGAAUUUUGAGCCAGGACCACCAGAAGAUGCUACCCCAGCCGCCUCCUCACGGCCUGAAGGUGAUGUCUGGGGCUGAGGAGAACCGUCACUAUUUGCGCGCCUUUAUACAGACGUAUCGGGAUCUUCCCGUGCUGUGGGACACAUCGUUACGGGAUUACACCAAUCGGGAGAAGCGGGCAGAGGCGUACCUCCGACUGGUACCCAUUUACCAUUAUCUCAAGCGCGAUGCCACCGUGGAGGAUGUGAAAAAGAAGAUCAACACUUUGCGAACAAACUACAGAAAGGAGCUGAAAGUAGUGGAGAGUGCCAUGCGGGCGGGCAGCCUCCACAGUCCCAGGUGCUGGACCUUCCAGGAGCUCGACUUUCUGCGCAAUUCGGAAAAGUUUCUGGCCGUCAAUCCCGCCUUCAAAAACGAGCCCUCCUUUGCAUUCAACGAGGCCAGCAGUUGCACCACCGCCUUUCUGGAGGGUUGUAACGGUGUUGGCGCCAGUUCCCUACAUUACUCUGCAAGGGGAGCGGGUGGCCAAACACCCAACAUUUCGGAGAUGUUUCAUAAAUCGUUUGGACCGCCGCCCCCUCAGCCACCGCCAUCGACUGGCGCUCCAGGAGAUUAUGUUGUCAACAAGCGCUCUAGACAAACCCCGCCUGGAGCCGUUCCAGGAACAGGUACGGGACCGGCAGCCACUAAUCACAACACCGAUGAUCUACUUAACAUAGCCUGCGAAUAUCUAAACGGAACCUAUCCCGAAGAGGAGUCCAUCGCCAGGACGUGGACGCAUAAGCUGAAGCGGCUGCCACGCGAACAACGGCUUCUUGCCGAGCGGUUCAUAAACGAAAUUCUGUUUGAGGCCGAGUCCAACAACCUGCAUCGCGGCUCCGUCCAAAUCAAUAACAGCUUCGAGCCCUAUGUCCGCUACGAAGAGCCUCCCAGUGGGCACGAAGAGCAGGACAAAUCCCAGAGCCCCAGCGUGCAUACUUCCUCAUCCAGUGAGUCGAAACCGAAUGUGGCACCUCCCAGCACUUCCACCUUCUAG